UGGAAAGAGCCAGUUGAAAAGAACGACUCUCUCGGACGUCACUGUCUUUAGUAACACAUGCAAGAUGGCAGCCGCCGUGGGGAGACUUCUCGGGACUUCUGCUGCAAGAGCGGCAGUUAAUGGACUAAGGACCCUGGCCCCACUGAAUGGGGCGUCUGCCAUCAAAGCUUCAAGAGCACUCCCAUGUUCUGCUGUACAGAAGGCCUGCUUCUCCAUCAGCACUACUAAAUGGGCACCAGCUGUCACCCAGCAUGCUCCACACUUUAAGGGAACUGCUGUACACAAAGGAGAAUUCAAAGAUAUCAGUCUAGAUGACUACAAAGGCAAAUACCUGGUCCUGUUUUUCUACCCACUUGACUUUACAUUUGUCUGCCCCACUGAAAUCAUCUCAUUCAGUGACAAAGCCAGUGAAUUCCAUGAUAUUAACUGUGCAGUAGUGGGUGUGUCUGUGGACUCUCAUUUUACACACUUGGCCUGGACCAACACCCCUAGAAAGAGUGGAGGACUGGGUAAAAUCAACAUCCCCCUGCUGGCCGACCUCAACAAACAGGUUUCCAGAGAUUAUGGAGUCCUGCUGGAGGGCCCUGGAAUUGCUCUAAGGGGACUGUUUAUCAUUGAUCCUAAUGGUGUUAUCAAACACAUGAGCGUCAAUGAUCUACCAGUGGGCCGUUCUGUUGAAGAGACUCUGCGUCUCGUUAAGGCCUUCCAGUUUGUGGAGUCACAUGGAGAGGUCUGCCCAGCUAGCUGGACUCCAAAAUCACCAACAAUAAAGCCCACUCCUCAGGGGUCAAAGGAAUACUUUGAGAAGGUCAACUAAAUGAUCAUCAGAUAACUCUGCUUCUACUACUAGAUAAUGUAAAAAUGAAGGCACUUAAUUACUUGUGCUUAUGGUUAUGCACAGCCUAGAGAAGUCUGAAAUAUACAUUUUUGGUAUAUGUUAUCAAACACACUAGCAGUUUACCAUCAGUUAUUAUGUUUCUUCUGUUUAUUUGACAAGUUCUUAAAAUAAAAGUAAUACUGACUGUG